AUCGCUAGAAAACAAGCUGGUGUUUUCGGUGACCGUUUUAAAAUAGCAGCAAGUGGAGAAGUUGGCGUUUUAGCAGGAACGGGACAGUGGCAGGCUCGCAGGUCACGUUCUAGAAAGCGAAUUUCGGCAUCUCCGGGCACGUAGAUAUUAUAGAUAGUCGGUUGUCAGAGCUGGUGCUUCCCGGUCGAUAACUUAUUUUUAGAGUAUCGGGAUUAGGUCGGGAUAGUGCCCCAAUUACGCAACCACCACCGCAGGAAUGUUCAAUUUGGUGUCCAAAGCUGCAGCCCCCAUUAAAGGGGAGCUGGGGUCCAUACUCAAAGUGCUACCCGCAGCAAACAACGUGCAGCAAAGCAGGAAUUAUGCCGAACACGUUAUACCAGAUCGUCUAAAGGAUAUGCCGGACAAUCCAAAUCCCAAGUUUUUCGAUAUGGUCGAGUAUUUCUUCCACAAGGCCUGCGUGUUGGUCGAGGACAAGCUGGUCGAGGACCUCUCCAAAGUGAAGGGCUCGAAAUUGACCUUGGAACAGCGCAAGGAAAAGGUCAAGGGCAUUCUCACGCACAUGGAACAUUGCGAUCACAUUAUCGAGGUGGCCUUCCCCAUCAAAAGGGAUAACGGGUCGUACGAGAUCAUCAAGGGAUACAGGGCUCAGCACAGUACUCACAGGCUGCCCUGUAAAGGAGGCAUGCGUUAUUCAAUGGAUGUAAACAAAGACGAAGUGAAAGCCCUGUCGGCCCUGAUGACCUUCAAAUGCGCCUGCGUCGACGUACCUUUUGGCGGUGCCAAAGCCGGUGUCAAAAUCGACCCUAAAAAGUAUUCCGAACACGAGCUAGAGAAGAUUACAAGAAGAUUCACCUUGGAACUGGUUAAAAAGGGUUUUAUUGGGCCUAGUAUCGACGUACCAGCUCCUGAUAUGGGUACCGGCGAACGUGAAAUGUCCUGGUUAGCGGACACUUACUCCAAAACGAUAGGGUACCAAGAUAUUAACAGCCAUGCGUGCGUAACGGGGAAACCGAUCAACCAGGGUGGUAUCCAUGGGCGUAUCUCCGCAACUGGAAGAGGCGUAUUUCACGGUAUCGAGAACUUUAUCAACGAAGAGUCCUACAUGCAAAUGUGCGGCUUAAAGACCGGCUGGAAAGACAAAACAUUUAUCAUCCAAGGUUUUGGUAAUGUGGGCCUUCACACGAUGAGAUACCUUGACAGAGCCGGUGCCAAAUGUAUAGGCGUUGUCGAAUACGAUGGGUCCAUCUACAAUCCCGAAGGCAUCAGUCCUAAAGAUCUGGAAGAAUGGAGAGUGAACAACGGAACAGUUGUGGGAUUCCCAGGAGCACAGAAAUACGAUGGAGAUUUGCUGUUCCACGAAGUUGACAUUCUAGUGCCCGCUGCUACCGAGAAGGUUAUACAUAAAGGCAACGCUGAUAAAAUAAAGGCUAAGCUAAUUGCCGAAGCUGCCAACGGUCCAAUAACUCCAGCGGCUGAUAAAAUCCUCAUCAAGAAGAACAUCCUGGUUAUUCCCGAUCUUUACGUCAACGCGGGUGGUGUCACCGUCUCCUACUUCGAAUGGCUGAAGAACAUCAACCACGUAUCAUACGGAAGACUGACUUUCAAAUACGAAAAAGAUUCCAAUUACCAUCUGUUCCAGUCGGUUGAGGAAUCUCUUCAACGGAAAUUCGGCGAGAAGAUCUCCGUAACUCCGUCCCAGGCUUUCCAGAAGAGGAUAGCUGGUGCUUCAGAAAAAGAUAUUGUCCAUUCUGGACUCAACUUCACCAUGGAAAGAUCCGCUAAGGCCAUUAUGAGGACAGCGCAACAGUACAACUUGGGCAUGGACCUGAGGUCUGCCGCUUACAUCAAUUCCGUGGAAAAAAUCUUUAUUACAACCACAACGGCCGGUUUGACAUUCUAGUGUGGAUACUACAUCAUCGAAACACGUUUAUUCAUAAACUACACGCAAAAAUCGAAAUUUUGGCAACAUCGCUGUAUCAAAUAUGUUUCGGUGAUUCCCAACUUCGUCUAUACGCUUCAUAGAAUAAACAUAAUUUUUUACUUGAUGCAAAAUUUUAUUUUUAUUCUAUGCUUAAGUUACGAAAUAACCUAACAUGAUUUAAGAGUACAUAGAAAGAAGUAUUUUAAAAAGUGUUGUUUGGGUACCACUGGAACAAACAUGCAUUGUUGCCGAAUUAUCUUCUUCAAAUAUUUUAUGGUUCUAUUAAAAAAUAUUCAUUAUAUAAGGUUUUAAGGUUAUGAUAUUCAUGAUCAGAAAAUUAUUGUGAAGUACUAUAUAAAAUAAAUAUCCUAAAAAUAA